AUGGAGAGACUCUGGUUUCAUCAAACCAAAUGUUUGAACUUGGAUUUUUCAGCCCUCGAAAUUCAGCAUCUCGUUAACUGGGAUUAUGGGUAUCUAAAUGUCACUGCUCGAGGACAACUUGUACUUCUGAAUAGCACUAACCAUAUAGUUUGGUCAUCAAAUCAAUCAAGAAUCGCAAAGAAACCAGUUGUACAACUUUUAGACACAGGAAACCUUGUCAUAAGAGACAGAAAAACACAUCAUCAGAAGAAAUUUAUAUGGGAAAGUUUUGAUCAUCCUAGCGCCACAUUACUACCAGGAAUGAAACUCGGGGGUGAUUUUAACAAGAUACUUUCUUCUUGGAAGAAUGACAAUGAUCCUGCUCCUGACAAUUUUUCUCUACAGUUUGAUUAUCAUGGGUAUCCGUAG